GGAGAGCGGGGGGCGGCGGCUCCUCCUUCGCCGGGGCUGCCCUGAGGAGACCGGGCGGCUCCUCCGCUCCCCCCGAAGCCAUGUUACCAGCGUGGGGGGUUCCAGCUGCAGUCCUUGUGACUUUUGCUAGCAUUUACUUUUUACCAUCUCCUAUUGAUCCAGAACCGUUCAUUUUUGACGAGCCACCUGCCUUAGUUGGAUCAUUGCAAGUGAAUAAAAAGCUUCAGAGUGGGCAAAGAAUCUUCGCAGGACAACUGAAAGGUCCCGAGUCUUUUACUGUUGAUGAUGAAGGUAAUAUCUACACUGGUACUGUGGAUGGGAAACUGUGGAUGAUCAGUGGUGACCAGCUGCAUCUCAUUACUCAGAUGGGGCAGGAUGUGCCUGAAUGUGGAACUCCAGACUAUGAACCAGUAUGUGGCCGGCCCCAUGGAGUCCGAAUGGGUCAGGAUGGUAACUUGAUUGUGGUGGAUUCCUAUUUAGGCCUCUACAAAGUCAAUCCAAGAACAGGAGAGAAAACCCUUCUGCUCUCAAGUGAAAAAGGUGUGGAUGGGCUGCCUUUCAAAUUCCUAAAUGGGUUAGAAAUAUCAAAGAAAAAUUUGAUUUAUUUUACGGAUUCAAGUAGCAAGUGGGGAAGACGGCAUCACAGAUAUGAGGUACUUGAAACAAACCACCUCGGUCGCCUCUUGGCCUACGACCCUAUAGCAGGAACAGGAAGAGCAUUGCUGAGUGGCUUAUACAUGGCGAAUGGGAUUGCACUGUCCCCCCAGGAGGAUUACAUAUUAGUAGCAGAAACCAGCAUAUGCAGAAUCAUACGCUAUUGGGUGAGUGGAAAUAAUGCAGGAAAAAAAGAAGUUUUUGUGGACAACCUGCCUGGGUAUCCAGACAACAUCAGAUUAUCAAACACAGGCUUAUACAGAGUUGGAAUAUCUACUACUCGCUUUCCUGGUUUAUUUCCUCCUUUUCUGGAUGCCUUAGGACCGUAUCCAUCCCUGAAGAGACUUAUUGCAAAGGUGACUCCAUUAUCCUUCUACAGCAUUUUUCUUCGCAAACAUGGCUUGUUCUUAGAAAUUAAUGACAAAGGAGACAUUGUGGAAAGCUUCCAUGACCCUGAUGGUAGCGUCACUUGGGCUGUCAGUGAUGUCUUUGAGCACAAUGGAAAGGUGUAUCUAGGUAAUACAGAGCUGCCUUUUCUUGUGGUGCUAUAGUAGACUUCACAGUUUUCAUAAGCUGGAGCAUCAGAAGAAAUAUGGCAGUGUUGUUUCAAGCAGCCAUUAAGUGCUUUUCUCUACUUAAUGGGAGACUGCUACAUCACUGAAGGAGAAAUGAAACUGAUACACAUGGUUAAGCAGAAGUGGAAAGACAAUGCAGAAAUACUUGUUUUAGAAGCUUGUGAAAGCCUCAGGCUUGAAUAGGUAAAAGGUACCAAAUCACCCUGGUCUAUUGUUCAGAAAAUCGUUAUGUAUGUUUUUUUAAACAGUUGCCCAGAAUCAUGCAAGGAAUUCAACUCUAAACAAUGACUGAGGUGAGCAAGUGGCACAUACCUUACUGUUGCUCACUGUUCCCCUUUUGGAAAAAGGCUUAUAUAGGACUUUAUGCUUCCUCUUUCCCAGAGGCAGAGAACACACUGCUUUUAGUUAUGAAUAGCAGAUUCUCCACCGUUUCUUUUGUUAAAGUUUUCCAUCUAUUCAUAGAAUCAUAGAAUCGUCUGGGUUGGAAGGGACCUCAGAGAUCAUCAAGUCC